ACGGUCCAACCGACGAACGCCGAAUGCUCUUGGUGUUCAGUGUUCGCAAAUCUUCCAGUGUGAGCGGUAUGCAGCGUGACGUAACUCGGGCGACCGUUUAAACUGAAAAGAGAAUAUGAUUUGGUUAUUUUCUUUUUUAACUUAUUAAAAUUUCGUGUGUUAUGUAUUUCCAUAAUGGAGUGGGAUAGAGGAAAAUGUCUUGAGUUAAUUAGGUUGUUCGAAAAUAAGCCACAGCUUUGGCAAACCGGCCACAAAUACCUAUACAGUAAAUCAAAGAAAAAUGAAGCUUGGGAAGAGAUUGCCGCAGAAAUGAAAGUUCCUCGUGAACAAAUAAAAGCAAAACUCAAUUCUUUGCUUGCAUCCCACAGGAGAGAACUGCUGAGGGAGCGAACGUCCAGGGAAUUAGGUCAAGACGAUGUGUACAACAGCAAGUGGUUUGCCUACGAGGCCAUGAGAUUUAUCAAGGAGAAAAUCAUGAAAAAACAAACCCUGAGCUCCUCAUGUCAUGCCUCUCCUAACUCUCUUCAAAAAGCUAAUUCGCAUGUAGAAGAUACGGAUGGCUUAGCAACUGCGGAUGGCCUAGUAACUUCGGAUGGCUUAGCAACUGGUGAUAAAAGCGAUAUGGAAGGGGAGCUGUUCAUGGAUGAAACACUAGACUCUAAAACGCUCCUUAUUUCUCCGCAAAGAAACAACGUAAUUUUUCCAGCUGCUACAUUAAACGAAGAGCAUUUUUUGCAACCUCAUCCUACCGAGCUGCCUAAAGAAUCACCUUCUACUGAUCGUCUAUCUCACGUUGACCCCAACUAUAAUGUUUUCCAACGCUCAAACGAUCGCACUGCUUCUGACAUCUAUGGUGAACAUAUUGCCAUGAAAUUGAAGACGUACGACAAGAAAACGCAAGCUCUCGUUCAACAUUACAUAAAUAACAUUGUUUUUCAAGCUGACAUGGGUACUCUUCAAUUACCUGUGCCACAUCCGCCGAUGCCAUGAUUAUAUUUAACUCAUGCUACACUCCAUAAUAAGAAUUAAGAUCACUCUAUUGCUUAAAUCAUAAGUUUAUCAAGAAUUCAAAAGAAAACAGCCGAAAAAUUCACCACAUCCUAUGAUAGAAAACGCUAAAUGCUUGACUCCGAAACGAUUUCAUUCAUAAGAAAUGGUGAAUUUUUUGGCUGUUUUCUACGCUUUUAAAUUCUUGACACUCCGUCAUUAUUUGUAAUGUCCAAGCAUCGCUAUCCUUGUUUAAUGAUGAAUAUAUUAUUAUUAUUAUUACGGAACACUUUUUUAACAACGGUAAUACCAGGAUAAUUCAUUUUGAAAAAAAAGAAACUUAUUGGUAAAUAUAACUGGAUUGCUUACUCGGCUUCUUCAUCCACAUGACCUUCUAGAAUCUAGAGCUUCAACUAUAUUAUCAAAAAUU